GCCUUACAAUUCACUGAUCGCAACAGCCAUGCCUCCAACAUCCACAACCUCCCAACACCCUUCAUUAGAACGUCACAAUUCACGAAACAGUCAACAAUCUUGCAGUGGCAUUUUGUGCUUGAAGCCAUGGAUGUGUGGAUACUGCCUGCAGCAGCAGCAGCAGCUUCUUGCCCACAGUGCUAUUCGGUUUCAGACUGAUCAGCUUCAGUUUUUUCUGUGCGACUUCAAUGCUGUGAUUGUGUUUUUUCAGGUCUGGCAAGAGCUCCUUGAGGUUUGAAGGCGCAAUAAGCCCUCCAAAGUCAGAGUUGAAACAGAUUUCGAAGUCUGUGAGCAUGGCCAUUAUUUCGGAGUACGAAGAGGAAGAAGAAGACUCAGAAGAAAGACCAGCGGUGGUGGGUGUUAUCAACAUGCAAGAUGAAGAGGAGGAUGGCUAUGAAGAUGAAGAUGAAGAUAACGACGAAGAUUAUAACCCAGAUCCAUACUUUUCCUCGCAGCCCGUCUACGCUACCAACAGCAUGCGGCCGUUUGACGAAGUACUGAGGUAUCUUCUCCAGGAGCACCAACAACAGCCUCUGGAUUUGCUGUCCACAGUGAUUGAGUAUCUCUUUCGGAAGACCGGGAUUGCAAUGCAGGAAGGGGUGGAUGCCCGCGUCUCGGAGAUGCUAUUCGCUGCAAAGCGGAUGCGGGUGGACGGCGACGAUAUCGAGGAUGUCUUCGCGGGCCCGGACAAGGUUGCCAAGCUUGACGAGAUUUUUGAUGACCCGGGGACCAAGGAGGAAGACAGUCCCCAUGUAAGCGUCUCGGAGAGCACGAAAGGCCUCCAAGGCUCCGUAAGUUCGACGUCUGAGAGCUCGAAGAAGCAAGGGAGUGCGGUUGAGGAUGAAGAGACGGUGAUCAUCACUCCCACGGAAUACCUACAAAAGGACAUGUGCGAGGAUCCCGAGGUUGCGGUUUUUGUUGCAAAUAACAGCGGGUUGUAUCACCAGACCGAUACAAACCAUGAUACGAAAACUGAUAUGAAAUCUGAGACAGAGAUUACUACACUGUCAGAAGUGGAGCCGGUGACAAACAAUUGGUUGGCGGGUGAACCUGGGAACAUUGAGAUUCACUGCAAGGGGAAGAAGAAAGGAUUGGAGAAAGGUGAAAAACCACAGGACUUGGACCCGAAUAGCGGCAACGGAGCAGACCUUGGGCACUACUCCUGGACACAAACCCUCACUGAUACUGCGUUAAUCUUUCCGGUGCCCGCCGGAACCAAAGCCAAGUCUGUGGUUUGCGAAAUUCAACCGAGGUAUCUGAAAAUUGGCUUGAAAGGUGAAAUACCUCUUUUGGAGGGCGACCUCAACAAACCUGUGAAACCAAGCGAGUGCUUCUGGAAUCUAGAAGACGGCAAACUUUUGACGAUUCACCUUCAGAAAUGGUACACUAUGGAUUGGUGGCACGUUGUGGUGGAAGGAGAGCCAGAGAUCGAUGUCGAAAAGCUGCAGCUACCUCAAGCAUCGUUGUCUGACCUCCACCCAGACACACGCCAACACAUAGAGCAUACGCUGUUUGAACAAAAGCAGGCUGCCAUGGGAGUGACUGACAGCGGUGAAGAACGCAAAGCCGACGCGCUUCGCAAGUUCAUGGGAGAGGUACUACUCUGUCACCCACUAGUACACAAUUUUCACAUCCAAUUCUGGGAUAUACUCAUGCGAUCUCCCAUGCAAGCUUCACGCUCGAGGUUGAAUGUCAUCAACACAGAAACAUGACAUUGAAAUGCGGGUUUCCAUGCGACUCAUCUUGUUAUCUACACGGAUGAUUCGCUGCCUCAUCUUCGUGGUCAUAGUUUGUGUAAGUGCGUGUGUGUGUAAUUGCAUGCUUGAUGACCAGGGUUUGGAGCUUUAUGCCUGAUCCUGCAACGAAUUCAGCAACAUCACACACGUAUUAUUGAAUUGUGUUGCUGAGUUAGCGUCCACUAUUGAAGGGUGUUGUAAUAUUAAAAGAUUCCUCUGUGUAAUUCAAAAAGAGUUUGUGUGGUAUCCGAAUCAAACUAAUGUUGUGGUAGUCGGUGUAGCUGCGUCAGAUUCACGUAAUGCUAACUCCAGUGCUCGUUGUUGCAAAUCUGUCUGACGAUUUCAUGUCGGCGUUAUGUUGCUAUAAACUAGGCAUUCCAUUCAAUUGCUCAUUACUGCUUUUCAGAAAAGACUUAAUCUAUUCGUGGCCUAUUUGCAUAAAGCAAUUGGAACUGAAUAAAGUUAGUUGAAAUGGACAUAGCUGUGAACGUUAAGUUCAUUCAUCAAUCUAUUAGAUGGACAUGUAACAUCAAGAAAUUUACAAAUCAAUUAUAUAUUUUUUAUAAUAA